CAACGACCUCUAGUGGAUUUUUUUUUAAAAUUCCUAGUCUCAGACCUGUCAAACGAAAUCACAAAGACAGAUUUCGAUUGUGUUUACCUAAUUUUAAGUGCACCAACAUAUCUUGGUGUGAUUUGUGUUUGUUUCAAAAUUUCGAAUGAAAAAUGGAUUCAUUUCAGCAGCCAGCCUUUUGUUUUAAUAUGCCAACCGACGAAUAUGAUCCAAAUCAGGUGCCCGUCGACGGUGAACAGUAUUUACAGAGCGUCAUUUAUGAGCGGAAAAAAUGUCCCGCUGUUGUUGUAAGGCCUGUGAGGAAAAUCGUUGAACCUGACUGCAACACAACAAUGGACUCAAAAGCAGGACGAUCCGUUUGGGAUCAGUAUGCUGAGGUACCAUUAGCAGAUCAAACACCAAAAUCUCUCUUGCCAACAACCGAAUGGCUUCAACUACAAUCAUAUUCAUUUCAAAAGUUGCAUGAUCGCAUAACAAACAUCCGUCAAACUUUUCGAUCAGACUAUGAGCAUGCUGAACUGCCCAACGAUAACACCGAAGAAUCAUGGUUGGAGUAUUGCCAAAAUAAAGAACCACUAUUGAAUAAUAUGCUUCACAUAAAUCAACGAGACUUGGAACUAGUAAUCGAGUACCAAUCAAAUUGGCUUGUCGAUGAUCUCGAUUGGUAUUUGACCAAUAGAAACUGGUUUCCACAAUGGGUUUAUUGUUCAUUAUGUUGUUUGCGUCUGCCAUGCGAACCGAAUCUUCUAAAUUCACUACGAAAAAUAAGCAAAACAUGUCAUCGUGUUCGAAGUAAAUUGAAGGCCGAAGAUUUUGUUGACAGUGCGAUGCCAUUGAAUUUAAUCAUUUGUAUUGUGUCUCGAAAUUUCGAUCAAUUCGAUUUGGGUGGACAAACUCAGUAACGAAAUAAAAUUCAGUUUUUUAAUAAAAGCAACAACAAAAAAUUAAUUAAAAUUCAUGCAUAAGUACAAAA